GCAUCCCGUAGUGAACCAACUGUGAAGCAAGUGUACUCAUUGACGGAGACGAAAACUAGACUCCUGAGUUUGUGUGAUGGGCAGUAAGGUGAAGUGAGAGAACAAUACUUUGAAGUGAGUGAGUGAAGUGAGGUAUAGUGUGUGGCCGUUACUGUCAUCAGACGAGGGUGGAGGUGAACCGUAGCGAGAGUGAGGGUAGGAGGAGGCCUCACCUCCCUGCUGCUGCUACUCGACCAUCAUGAACGAAAUACUCAGAAUCAUCACCAACAGCACGCUCCUAGUGACAAAGUUCAUCCGUAUUGGUAUUGCUGACAAGAAUGACAACCCACCCUUCUUUGACAAGACGUUGUAUGAAGCCGAGGUGGAUGAAAAUGAAGACAUCCAACACACCGUUCUUACUGUCACCGCCAAGGAUCUUGAUGAGUCUUCUCGCAUCAGAUAUGAAAUCACAAAUGGUAAUAUUGGUGGAGCAUUUGCCGUGAAGAACAUGACUGGCGCCAUCUAUGUCGCUGGACCUCUGGACUAUGAAACAAGGAAGCGGUACGAACUGGCUCUAGUAGCCACGGAUAGUGUCAACGAGGCAGCCACCAGGGUAAUCAUCCACAUCGCUGAUGUCAAUGAUCGCCCUCCAGAGUUCGACCGACCAAAUUAUGAAGCAACUAUUGAAGAGGAGCGCAGUGAGGGUUUGCCUAUACUGCUACGUCAGGUUACAGCCACUGAUGGUGAUCGUGAUCGCAUUCAAGAUAUCGUGUACUUCUUGACUGGCCAGGGUAUUUAUAUGGACAACCCAGAUCAGUCUCAGUUUGAGGUCAAUCGGACGUCAGGAGAAAUUUUUGUCAGGAAGCCUCUUGAUCGAGACCACCCCAAGGGACGACCAACGUGGAGGUUCACUGUGUUUGCCCAGGAUGAAGGUGGUACUGGCUUGGUGGGCUAUGCUGAUGUUCAAGUCAAUCUCAAGGAUAUAAAUGACAAUGCUCCUAUUUUCCCUCAGAUGGUUUAUUUUGGAAAUGUGACAGAAAAUGGAACUCAAGGGAUGGUUGUUAUGACCAUGACAGCAGAAGAUUAUGAUGAUGCAAAUGAGGGUACCAAUGCCAAACUCACAUACUCCAUUGAGAAGAAUGUAAUUGAUGAGAACACAGCCACACCAAUCUUUGAGAUAGAACCAGAUACAGGAGUGAUCAAGACUGCAGUUUGUUGCUUGGACAGAGAGAAGACUCCAGAUUAUUCCAUACAAGUUGUUGCUGUUGAUGGUGGUGGAUUAAAAGGGACUGGAACUGCAAGUAUUCGUGUGAGAGACAUCAAUGAUAUGCCGCCGAGAUUCACAAAAGAAGAGUGGCAAACAGAGGUGGAUGAAACAGAAGGUGCACUUCUUCCUGAGCAAGCCAUCCUGACAGUCACAGUUCAUGAUGAGGAUGAAACCAAUAAAUUCCAUUACAAAGUUAUUGAAUCCUCUGGAUUUGGUGCAGAUAAAUUUACAAUGGUUAGAAACAAUGAUGGCACCGGUUCCCUGAAAAUUGUGCAGCCACUGGAUUAUGAAGAUCCAAUGCAACGUACUGGUUUCAGGUUUAAAAUCCAAGUGAAUGAUAAAGGAGAAGACAAUGAUGCUGAGAAGUACCAUGUUGCUUACUCAUGGGUAAAAGUAGAACUGAGAGACAUCAAUGACAAUAAGCCACAGUUUCUUAAACCUAAUAUUGAAGUGCCUGUAUUUGAAAAUGCAGAAAUUGGUAAAAGUUUAGAGACUUUUAAAGCAACAGAUCCUGAUCAAGGUGGACAGAGUAAAGUGUUGUAUGCAAUAGACAGGGCAUCAGAUAGGAGGAGACAAUUUGCUAUUGAUAGUUCUGGUACUGUCAAGAUUCAAAGAAGCUUGGACAGAGAGGAAAACCCACGUCAUUCAGUAAAGAUUUUAGCAAUAGAUGAUGGUUUGCCUGCAAAGACUGCCACAGCUACUCUGACUGUGAUUGUUCAAGACAUCAAUGACAACUCGCCGAGAUUCCUGAAAGAUUAUCGUCCAGUUCUCCCAGAGAAUCAGUCGCCCAGAAAGAUAGUAGAGGUAUUGGCGACUGAUGACGAUGACAGAUCAAAGGGUAAUGGACCACCUUUUCACUUCCGAAUGGAUUCUACGGCAUCUGAUGAAAUUCGAGCAUCCUUUAAAGUAGAACACAUCCCUAAAGGAGCUAAUGGGGAUGGAAUGGCAGUCAUCUCUUCUCUGAGAACCUUUGAUCGUGAAGUACAGAAGGAAUAUCAUGUACCUAUUGUGAUCAAAGAUGCUGGCACUCCUCAGAUGACUGGCACUUCUACAUUAACCAUUAUUAUUGGAGAUGAAAAUGACAACAAAAUGCAGCCAGGAGCAAAGGAUAUCUUUGUUUAUAACUACAAAGGGCAGGCCCCAGAGACACCAAUUGGUCGCGUAUAUGUUUAUGAUCUUGACGACUGGGAUUUGCCAGACAAAAAGUUUAAUUGGGCUACUGAAGCACAUCCUAACUUUAAAUUGAAUGAGGACGAUGGGAUGAUCACCAUGAAACAUGGCACUGGUGAAGGCUCCUACUUCCUACAGUUCCAUGUGUAUGAUCGCAAGCACACCCAAACAGAUGUAGAAGCUAAUGUAACUGUAACUGUAAAAGAAAUUCCUGAGAUAGCUGUUAUUAAUUCAGGAUCCAUUCGCAUUUCAAAUAUGACAGAUGAGGACUUUAUCCGAAUAUGGGAUUACAAAACUCAACGAGUUGUACGCAGUAAAGCAGAUAUGUUUAGAGAAAAGAUAGCAAGAUUAGUAGGAACAAAUGUGGAAAAUGUUGAUGUAUUCAGUAUACAAUUAAGACAUGAAAGACCAUCUAUUACGGAUAUUCGUUUCUCUGCUCACGGAUCUCCUUACUACCACCCUAUUAAGCUAGAUGGUCUUGUUCUGCAACAUCGGGCAGAGAUUGAAGCAGAAAUAGGUAUCAACAUCACCAUGGUUGGCAUUGAUGAAUGUUUGUAUGAAAAUGUAGCUUGUGAAGGGUCAUGUACCAACCAUUUAGUUAUUUCCAAUUUGCCUUAUAUGGUGAAUGCAAACAAAACUUCCUUAGUAGGUGUAAGGACUGAAGUGAUUCCAGAGUGUACAUGUGGAGCGAGAAACUUUUCCGUCGAGGAAUCAUGCCGUCCAAACCCUUGUUAUAAUGGUGGUCGAUGUAUAGAAGGAAAAUCUGGGGUGCACUGUAGAUGUCCAGAUGGAUAUGAUGGGCCGAGGUGUCAAAUGGCGACACGAACUUUCAGAGGAAAUGGAUUUGCUUGGUUCCCUCCUUUAGCAAUGUGUGACAGUUCACAUAUCAGCUUAGAAUUUUUGACAAGACGCCCUGAUGGCCUCCUCUUUUACAAUGGCCCCAUCACCCCACCCGAAACAGACGAGAUUAUAGUUUCUGACUUCAUAGCAUUAGAGUUAGAGAAUGGACGACCAAGACUUCUUAUUGACUUUGGAUCUGGGACGCUGCAAUUAAGAGUCAAUACCAAAGCUAAUCUUAAUGAUGGCAUGUGGCAUAAAGUUGACAUCUUUUGGGACACAGAGAAUGUAAGAAUAGAUGUUGACCAUUGUGUUGCUGCAGAAGUACAAGAACCAGAGGAUGGAAGUGAUCCUAUUUUUGAUUCUUCUGGAUGUCAAGCUAAAGGCACUAUACCUCCAUUCAAUGAAUACCUAAAUGUAAAUGCACCUCUGCAGGUUGGAGGCCUUGCUCAUGAACAGCCUGAUCCUAGUUUGUAUAAGUGGUUACAUGUUCCUCAUGGUCGAUUCUUUAGUGGUUGCAUAAGGAAUCUUAUGGUGAACAGUGAGCUUUAUGAUCUGGCCCGUCCUGGUCAGUAUCGUAACACUCAGGUGGGUUGUCCUCAACUUGAGGAGGCAUGUAGAAGUAAUUCCAUAGUUCCUACUUGUGGACCAAAUGGUAUCUGUUCAGGCUCACUCUCACAACCUGUAUGCAAAUGUAAGCCAGGCUGGACAGGCCCUACUUGUGAUGAACCUACCAACUCAUCAUACUUUGAGACACAGUCAUAUGUCAAAUAUGCCUUGUCCUUCAAGCCCAAUGCAUUCAGUACAGAAAUUCAGCUCAGAUUCCGCACUUGGCAAGAGUAUGGCGAACUAUUCAGAAUCUCUGAUCAGCACAAUCGAGAAUACGGAAUCUUGGAGAUUAAUAAUUGUCGGUUACGUUUCCGUUAUAACCUGAACAGUCUUCGAACUCAAGAGCAUGAUCUGUGGCUGUCAGCCGUUACUGUUAAUGACGGCAUUUGGCAUUCAGUGAUGGUAGAGCGCCAUGGAUCCACAUCAACACUAAUGCUAGAUGGUGGUGAAGGUCGUCGCUAUAAUGAAACAAUGGCUUUCUCCGGACAUAUGUUGAUGGAUGUUGACAAGCAAGAGGGGGUGUAUGCUGGUGGCAAGGCAGAGUACACAGGAAUAAGGACAUUUGAAGUAUACAAUGAUUACAAACUAGGAUGCUUGGAUGACAUUCGUCUAGAAGGAAAGCACUUGCCUCUGCCUCCUGGUCUGAAUGGUACCCAGUGGGGACAAGCCACAAUGUUCCGCAACCUGGUCAAGAACUGCAUCUCUCAGAACCAGUGUGUCAACGUCACAUGUCUGGCACCAUUCACCUGUAAAGAUCUAUGGAUGAAACAUGAGUGUGGCUGCCCAGAAGGCUCAGUUCCAAACCUUGACAACUGUGUCAACAUCAACGAGUGCGAGCUCUGGCAACCAUGUUAUAAUGGAGGUGUGUGUCAGGACUUGGAGCCUGAAAUGGGUGGCUAUGUGUGCAACUGUAUUGACGGCUUCCAUGGAACUGACUGCAACAUUAUAUUGGAAGAAACAAUACUCAAACCUUCCACUGAUUUUGUUGUUGCUAUUGUCAUCUGUAUUCUCGUAUUGCUAAUUCUGGUAUUGGUGUUCGUGGUUUACAACCGACAAAAGGAGCGCCACUUCCCCAAAGCUGAUCCAUAUGACGAUGUACGUGAAAACAUCAUUAAUUAUGAUGACGAGGGUGGUGGAGAGGAUGACAUGACAGCCUUUGACAUCACACCUCUGCAAAUUCCUGUGGGCCCGGCCAUUGGUAAUGGUGGGCCUCUCAUGGGCAAAAUGCCAUAUGGCCCAGGAGGUCAGCCAGAUGUGGGAGUAUUCAUUAGUGAGCACAAGAGCAAGGCUGACAAUGAUCCUAACGCUCCACCAUUUGAUGACCUCCGCAAUUAUGCAUAUGAGGGAGGUGGUUCUACUGCCGGCUCUCUCUCAUCUCUGGCCUCUGGCACUGAUGACAACGAACAGGACUUUGACUAUUUGAACAACUGGGGUCCACGCUUCAGCAAGCUAGCAGAUAUGUAUGGCCAUGGAGAAUCUGAAGAGGAGGAGGAUCAUUAAGUCUCAAGCUGGAGCCUUGCCAUGGGAUUCACCUCAUUGACAGAGAAAUUUUGUCUCUACCAGCAUGGAGCACUGUUGACAUUUUUUAACACAGGAGGACUCUGGUCAGGAGGGAGGGAUCCGUCCCUCUAUCUUAUUAUAAUCUGAAGGUCUAUGUGGAGAUAGAUGUUGCAAGAUUGUUUCACUUACAUCAUACAUGUUGCCUUAAAUAGUUAAUUAUUAAAUCAGCAAUAUCAACAUGAUUACCAAAUCGUGAAUCACAUCAGUAUGUCAGUGAAUGUCUGAAAUCUUUACUGGUGCUAUAUAUAUGAAAUUCAAUCUUCAAGUCAUUAUGGUUGCAAUUUCUAAAGUUUUAAUAUGAUUCAUUACAGUUUUAAUAUACUUAAGGUGAAUACAGUAUUAGAAUACUCAUGGAGUCACAUAUGUAAUAUAUAGCAUAUUCCAUAAUCUCCUUCUUUGUGGUAAAGAAAUACAUCCUCCGCAUAGCCUCCUUCAGGUAGCCAUGAAUCAAGAGUGGCCGUGUUGCAGACUGACCACAGAGCCUCUCCAGAAGAGACUUGUCCUCCUGCCUUGUGUUCUGCACAUUGAUGGCAUGACCCUCACAGUGCCAAGACUUUAACAAUGAGGUGAUUGAAAAUGCCAGUGUUCAGUGUAGACUUGAAGCUCCCUCUACCAUCAUUUGUGGUGAUGAGACAGGUCCUAUCUAUUUAAGAACUGAUGGACAGCCAGCCUAGAUCAAGGCAGUGUAUCAGUCUCAUUGAUGACUGUGGUGGGAGAACUAACAUUCCAUAAAAGACAGUUGUGUGAUAGUAUGGGAUGAAAGUGGAAAGAAGACUUGGAUUGAAUAUUUACGUGUUUUUGUUAUGACCCAUGUUACGUGCCAAGUACCCCAGGCAAAUCUUCCUUUGAUUUGUGAAUUACUGACUUUCAAAGUACAUUUUGUGCUGUUCUUACUGAAUUUUGUUCGUCCUCACUCACUACAACUGUGAAGCAUAUCAAGAAAUACAAAGUUCAAUGUAUUGCACCACAGACUCUCUGUGAGGGCAGCAUUUAUUGGUUCUCAUAUAAUGAGUUAUGUAGUGUACUCUUAAUUGUGUGCAUGAGGAUGUGGUUGGUUUGUCUCCCCUUGUAUACUACUCUCACCCUUAGUUUAUAUCAGGUCAGUACUGCAACUCUGCAUUUUGCAGGCUAAAGCCAGGCCUGUAUACUCACAAAUGAAUCUCAGGCAGUACUGAAUUACCCUGUAUGAGGAAAGUGUUGAAUGUAUGUGAAGUUUUUGUACAUGUGUAGAUAUUUAAGGAGGAGAUAGAUGUCUCAAAGAAUGAAAUAGUUCUUUUUCAAUAUUUGCUCAUCUGUAUGAAAGCUAGACAGCAAGAUCAGUUAGACAUGUGACGACAGCUUCAUUAUUGUAGGCAUUCACUGAUUAGAAGUUUGUUACUGAACUGUAGUCUUCUCUUGGUGUCUUGCUGUGCAAGUUUUUGGAAGAAGUGACAGUUGAUUUCUCAAGUGCUGAUGUUUGUAGAUUGUGGGUCAAUCAUGGAUGAAGUGACCAGGAUAUCUCCUGCUUAACAAUUUUUUUUUUAUAAGUCUGUCUUAAUUUAAGUAUGGUAUUCUAUACUGCAAAGGAAGCAAUAAAUGCUUGCUUACUGUUUUUUUUAUUCUGCUUUGAUCUGAUCUUGUUAGUGUACAUACAUAACUUCUGAGAUAAAGGAAUAUAUCUCCACUUGGUCACUUUUGUCAAGCAGGUGUUUCCCCAGUUGAACCUGAGCCUCUUCACCCAUGUUGCCCCACCCCACAAAUUCCCCCAGGUCAGUUAUCCUCCCAUUCCUGUUCCCGGAACCCCAUUCCAGCCCUGGCGUAAUAUGGGCUGCCACAGCCCGCCGCCCACCUACCCAUCCAUAGGUCUCGCCUGUGGUGAUGUCCCCUCAGAAUUGGAAGUCUUUUUCCAGUCCACAAGUUUAUUUCUCAGUCUGUGUUAAUAGCUAUAAAUUAUCUUUGGACCCAGAAAAUCAAUUAUUUAACAAAAGCAUUAUUACAUUAGAAGAAAAUAUGUUCAGAAUAUGAAUUCAUCACCACACAACAUAACCUCAACAGCACUGCCAUACUUGGUGGGAGCAGGCUGGGUUGUUUAGUCAUUGGCUUCUUGUAUUAUUAUCAUUAUUAUUAUUAUCAUCCUAGUGUUAGAGCUAUUGUGCACAAGUUGAUCAUAAAUAGAACGGUGCUGGUCUCGGAUCAAUUUCAGUGGGUCCUCUCAGUAUUCUUGGACCAAAUAAAUAAAUUAUUAUCUUGUAUCUGAAAGGGAGAUGAGAAGAAAAAGAAAUCUGAGUUUUCUUGUGCAGAGCAUUAACUCCACCCACCUAUGCACCAACUUAACCAUGCUUUAGUCCCUUCAUUUACUAAUUGUUUCAAUCAUCAGCUGAACGUGACAAGGUCAGUGACUCAUUUUGCCACCCUGUAGUCUCUGCACAAGACAACAAACUUUUCCCCCUGAAGUUUGCCGAGCCCAGCCAACAUGUUUUUAUAGCAUUCCAUAUACCAAAUGAUGUAUGUAUGAAUGCAUUAUUCAUUUUCACAUUUUGUAUCAAAGAAUUAUCAUCUUACUAGAACUCAAGGAACAUUUAAACCAGAUUUCUCUGAUCUGUCCAAAGCAUGGUGACAUUGUGUUUGUAGACUGUAGUUCAUAAAGCCAGUUUUCUUGAGCCUUAUUGAUUUCAUAUCUGACUUUCUUGAUUAUUAAUUCCAUGUCAUAUCCUUCAUUGGCUAGUUAAUUUUUCCAUUUUUAUAUUUUUUAAAUGCUCUUUACAUCCCAAUACAGAGAAAUCUGGCUCAUUCCCAGGCCGAAGUAUUCUGUGCGAUUUGUAUGAAUGUUAUGUAUCAAUUUCAAUUGUAUCCUCGCUUAUUAAAUGUGUCACAAACCCCAGAAUUUCUCAUUGUAGUGUCUCAAGUCCAUUUGCUAUUCUUAAGAGAACUUUGGCCCAGGGAAUCAGAAACGGUCAAAGAGUAGAAGAAUAUUUCCUAAAAAAAAAAUAAAAAAUAAACGAAAGUUUUGUACCCUUACUCAUGCUGAGUUAAAGUUAUCCAGCAGAAAUGUCCCAGAAUGGGCAAGAAGCCAUAGCAACUAAGCUUUUGUUUGAUGUUUUUAAGCUGUGAUUUUACUGUGUCUGCAUUGUCAUCUGAAAUAGAUUAAAAGCCUUUGUGUA